AUGUCAUCUGCAGUCGCACAAGGGGGCGCCGGCGGUUCGGCCGCCAAAGUUGACAAGAGAGAAUCGGGUACUGCCCGAUUACUGGGCUCUGGGUCUGCCGGUAUCGCCGAGUUGAUGGUUUUCCAUCCCGUUGAUACUAUUGCCAAACGAUUGAUGAGCAACCAAGGAAAGGCCAACACCACCGCUGCCAUCAACCAGGUCGUCUUCAAAGAAUAUGCCACUGCGUCCAUUGGUACCAAGUUCACGUCGCUCUUCCCCGGUCUCGGAUAUGCUGCUGGAUACAAGGUGCUGCAACGGAUUUACAAAUACGGUGGACAGCCAUUCGUCCGCGACUAUCUUGCAGAGCACCAUGGUUCUACUUUUGACAAUGCCUUUGGCAAGGGAUCUGGAAAGGCUAUUAUGCACGCUACUGCCGGAAGUAUUGUUGGUAUUGGUGAGAUUGUUCUUCUGCCUCUCGAUGUCUUGAAGAUCAAGCGUCAGACCAACCCCGAGGCAUUCCGUGGCCGUGGUUUGUUCAAGAUCAUCUCCGAUGAGGGUAUGGGACUGUACCGCGGUGCUAGCUGGACUGCGGCCCGUAACGCUCCUGGUUCUUUUGCGCUUUUCGGUGGCUCGGCUUUUGCAAAGGAAUACAUCUUUGCCCUCAAGGACUACAACUCCGCCUCAUGGAGCCAAAACUUUGUCGCCUCGAUCUUCGGUGCCAGCGCUUCCCUGAUCGUUUCCGCUCCUCUCGACGUGAUCAAGACCCGUAUUCAAAACCGCAACUUUGAGAACCCAGAAUCCGGUGUGCGAAUCAUCGCCAGCAUGAUGAAGAACGAGGGCCCCAGUUCUUUCUUCAAGGGUCUCAUUCCGAAGCUGCUCAUGACCGGCCCCAAGCUGGUGUUUAGCUUCUGGCUAGCCCAGAACUUGAUUCCUGCCUUUGGACAGAUUGUGUAG